CAGUGUGUCAUUCUCGUUCCAUACCAAUUCCUUUCAGCACCUGAUAAUGACAGAAAUGUUGCCUCUCGUUCUCCCAACCUCGCCGAAAGGCAUUCACCGCCUGACGUCACCCGACUGCAAGCUUGUACUGCUUUUCGCCAGCCUCAUCGUCACUCUCUUCUUCCUCCGCGCCUUGGAUCACGGCGUCGCCGACUCGCAAGAAUCCUGCGACAUGGUCUCGCGGCGCUCCGUCGACCCUGCCGUUGAUGCCUCCAAUCCCCUGCCACCGCAUCUACGGCCAGGAUGCAUCCUCUACUCUGACAACCGCUCCAUCUCCGCGCAUGCCGCAACACGUGGACUAACUCCGGCCGCGGCGGCUGCCGUUGCGGGCUGGGGUGCGGCUUCUCCUAUUCUGUCGCUAGAGGACCUGGCGCAGCUGCCGUACUACGAGUCGUCGCGAAUCAUCAACAAGCUGUACGCGGAACGGCACGGCUACCUCUUCUUCGAGUCGUACGAGGGCGCCAACUCGUCGCGCAAGUUCACAUGGCACAAGGUGACGCUGUUGCGGCACGCGCUGCAGUGCUGCUGCCGGUGGGCGCUGUACGUGGACUCGGACGCGUACCUGCGCAUGGACAUGCACCGCCUCUCCGUCGAGGACUGGGCCGCGCGCGUCAGCAAGCGGGGCUACUUCGACCGGCUGCUGGGACUGUCGGACUCGCGGCUGCAGGCGCAGCUGAUUAACGUGGAGCGCACCCUUGACGUGCUCACCCCGCAUGAUGGGCAGGGCGGGCAGGAGGGGGGGGGGAAGGAGGAGGUGGAGGGGGAGCAAGAGCAGCAGGAGGGGGAAGGGCAACAGCAGGAGGAGGAUAAGAAGCAGGAGGAGCAGCAGCAACACCCUGUUGCUGCACCGGAGCAGCAAACGCCGGAGCAGCAGCAGCAGAAGCAACCGCGUCAAGAGCAGCAACAGCAACAGGAGCAGCAACAACUGGAGCAGAAGCAGGAGCAGAAGCCGCAGCAGGAGCAGCAGCCGCAGCAACAGCAGGACCCUGUGUUAGUGGAAGCGAACCUUGUUUCACCUCCUGUGUCACGCAAACUCCUGCAGACCUCGGAGCCAGCAUCGUCCCCUGUUUCCGAGGCGCCACCAUCCACACCAUCGGCAGCCCCUUCCUCAUCGCCCUCCGACUCCUCUCCCUCCGACUCGUCUACCUCCGACCCGUCUCCAUCCUACUGGUCUCCUUCCAACUCCUCUUCCUCCAAGCGCCCCUUUGCUGUGUUUGUGCGCAACGGCGAUGGUUCCCUGGGGUACCACGGCGAGCCACAGCACAUGUACAACCCGGAAUAUGACUGGGCCAACGCCGGGGUUGUGCUCUUCGGCCACUCGCCCGAUACAUUCAAGUUCCUGGACCAGUGGUAUGCCGCCAUUCUGCCUGAGUUUGGCGACCAGCGGCCGAUGAACCUGGUGUCACUCAAGUGGAAGAAGCAGCUGGUGGUGGUGCCGUACUUGGAGUGGACAGGGCCCGAGGGCAUCAUGAUCAGACACUUCUGGCAUCCUGUAGGCGGGGACACACGCAAUUAUGAACUGCAAAAAGCACUGCUGGGGGUGCUUGUGCAGCAACACCUGGAGGGACGACGGUGACUACAUGUAAAAAAUUAUUAUGAAAGCAUUCAAGUGAAUGAGUAAUUGAAGGAACGCUCUUGAAUAACCCAAAUUAUGGCUUCCUUAUGCAUUAAAGUUACUCAUUAUAG